UAGAACAUACCUCUUCAUUGGAGGAAUCUGCAUUAUAUGAUUGCGGAAGUGGAGGUGACAUCGGCAGCGGUGAUUGUGGGAGAGAUAGUAGUGAUCGUGAAGGCGAAGAUAAGUGUGGUGAGCGUAAUAAUGGUGUACUUCACGAUUAUAACGCAUACGUUCUAUGUCCCGAAGAUUAUUCCUUCUUGUCCAGGAUG